CGGAAACGUGCACGCCGAGCCGACAACACAUGCGGAUCGUGGGAUCGUGGAAUGCACGCUGACAGUCGUCCCCAGUGCGUGUAAGAUUGAAGGGAAGAGGGUUCAACAUCCGUAUUUGGAUCAAGCCGAAAUCGUGCCGAAUCUGACGGUGUCGGUCGGUCGGUUCGCCAUACCCCCGGUCGGAAAGAAGCGGCGCGGCUUCCGGUGCUGCAUUUGUAGCGGAGGGAUAUGAAGGAGAGGCGGGAAGAAGGGGGUUCACAGUUCGUCGGAGCGGUUAACGAUCGUCGGUGCCGAUCGUGGACGACGAGGCGAGGAAUCGUCGUGUGACGAUGAGCGGGAACGAGUCGAGCGCGACGGCGACACUCGCGCCGACGAACGUUGCCGUCGUCUCCGCCACGAUCAUCUCCGCCACGGAUGAGGAGGAGGAAGAUCCGGCCUUGACCCUGGACUGCGUCGAGUCCGCCGUCGACAUGGACCUGGUGAACGGACCGAAUCCCUGGCUUCCGGCCUACGGUUUCCAGCUGCAGCAUCACUCCCAGUUCCAGCCGACGCACUUGGAGGAUCUACGGGCUAAUGAUACGAUGUUAGUGCAACAAAUCGAUUUUCUCGAGACGAUUCUGGAGGAGACAUCCGACGAUCUCCAAAGCGAUUCCGAUCGUAGCGUAACGACGUAUUGGCUGGGAUCCGAUUCAGAGACUGAGAGCGUGAUCCAUAUCAAAACGAAGCAGAGAUCGGCAGACGAGCGACUGGAUGGUAGCGGUAGCGAGUGCAACUCAGUGGUACCGAAAAAGCGACGCCGUCGCGACCAUGGCACCGAUCAUCAUCAUCACCACCAUCAUCAUCAGCAACAGCAAAUGGUCUAUGACGAGUAUCCGGCAUCACCGAGGUCUUCCAGGUCCACAGCUUCCUCCAGAUCAAGCUCGCUGUUGCAGUUUGAAUCCUUGGAGAGGACCUGCGCCACGCUGUCACCUUCCAGCUAUAGCUUCGAUUCCCUGGAAUAUUCCAACCGAUCGAACACCUCUCAUCCGGAGAACGAUUCGCCGGAUAGCUUGGAACAGGACUAUGGUAGGCUGUUACCAAACGGUUUCGCCAGCACAUUGGCGGAUCAUUUCCCGAAGAUCAGGCCCUAUCGCAGCUUUGAAAGUCUGGACACGUGCCAGAAAGAUGACAGCUUCGGCCAAGCGUCCAUGUCGAAUGGUUUCGCGCCUUUGUAUCUGAAGAAGGGUGCUGAUUUAUCGAAUAUUAGGAAAAAUAAUCAGCCAAGAGACUUUUGGCACGAGGACGAGGAAUAUGAAGACGAAGACGACGACGAAGAAGACGAAUACGAUUUCGAGGAGUACGAACGAAGUCGAACGAAUGCGGAUUCCCGGUUGACGACCGGUUUCGAGGAUCGGCUGUUGUACGGUGAAUCCGGCAAAUAUGCGACGUCCUUGGACUAUCGAAACACGAUCGACCUGCGGGAGAUUGGCGUGGAGACGAAGAAAGACGCACUUUUGGAGCUUAAGUCCGGCCAAAAGACAGCUAGGUUAAAUAUAGCCGGCGGCGGUGCGGAGCAUCAUCACCAUCACCACCACCAUCAUCAUCAUCAUCAUCAGCAUCCGCAGCAGCAGCAGCAGCAGUACCAACAGCAGCAGUACGAUCAACACGAGCAUCAUCACCACCACCACCGUCGUCGCCGCCAACACCAAGGGUGGAGCGACGAGGAGCGUUUUAAUUUUAGAUUCACGGACAAAUCGCAGAGCGCGCCCAGUCUACUCGACGGUGUUGAAGAGUCAGCACGUAACGGCCUAAGCUGCACUUUACCGUCUCGUCUUCGCACCUCGAGGACGACCUUUUACGUGUCGACGUCUUCUCUCUUUGAGAACUACACACGGGUAGCCAGCGUGCCGGUGGACCUAAAUCUCUGCGGCGUCGCCGCUAUGUGCGACGACGAGAUGAACGGUCAAGAAAUGGCGGAAACCUCGCCUUGUGAGGAGGCUGAGACUCUGAAGAAUUCACGAGAAGAUAUGAUCCUAAAAGAGGACGAUGAAACGCAAGUGGAAACGAAGAUUGGCUUAACCAGUUCAGUUAGAACGCAACCGGCCCAAGGCGCACUCAUGGAUGACAAUAUGGAGGAUCUCGAGAAGGAAAAUGAAGAACGAACAAAGGUCGAAUGCACGAGCGAUCGUUGCGAAGUGCAGCAGACGCGCAACAAACAAGCGAAGACGUCGACUGUGAAGACUCAAGAUCGCGCCAAUUGUGUGCUGGAUAUGGCAAUGGUGACAGAGAACGACCUCGACGAAGCCAUCAAGCAAUUUAAACGCGAGGUGGAGGAGGCGGCCGCUUCCGGAGUGACGAACGCCGCCAUUUUGGCAAUGGAGACAAUUCAGCGAACACCGUCCGGUCGAGUGAAAAGUCGAAAAGUGAAGAACAACGCCAGUUACGAGCUAGCGCAACAACUUGAGGUGGAUGAGAGAAAUUUUCCAUGGAAAUUCAAAGAUAAUGAUGAAAAUUGCGAUGGAGCCAACUCUCCUGGGAAAAGACGGAUGCUGAACAAUGCCAGCUACGAAUUGGCGCAACAAUGCGACUACAUCAAGACGUUGAAGAGCUCAAAAACGGCGUUCCAACGAAUGGACGCGUGCGACGAAUUAGAGGAAGCUGCAUCCGGACGAUCUUCAAGGCUAAAUGUCGCCGACGUGAUACGCCAAAUGGGCUCCGACACGAACAUCAGCGAGGACUCCAAGCUGAACGAGCCGCAGAAUGACUCGUUCUUCGGUCAGAUAAAAAAAAACUCGGAUCCAUUUUCGGCUUGUGGCGAUGCUAGCGUGCUCAGUCCACGGUUGCUAGAUGACGAGGUAGAUUAUCCCUGCUUGGAAACUAAACCUAUAGGAGCAUCCUGCUUGGAAACUAGGGUCGUUUUGCGCGAGAAGAUUGAAUUGGAGAAGCCAACUCAGUUGAAAAGUGUUCUUGAAAAUUCUUCGACAGUGACCUCCUAUAUCGAUGAAGAAUUAUCCAACAAACGAAGAGAAAAUGAGACUGAAGAUAUAAAGAAGAGUUUUAUCAGCGAGUUUUAUCCGGAACGAGUGGCACAGCUUCCUCAGACGGACGAGAGUGAGGUUCAAGAGUUGAAAGUGAACUCGGAGAACGCAUCAUCGAAUCGAGAUCACGAAGACCGUUCCCAUAGUCCUGGUUCGAGCGAUCGAGGCGCCGGCGAACGUUUGUGGAGGGUCGUGAUCGAGAAGCAAGCGACGACGACGAAAGAAGUGGAGAAGGAGGAAGAAAAGAGGGACGGGAUGGAGGCGGUAGAAAAGAAAGAGGUAGAGGAGGAGGGACACAGUGUCAGCGGUGUUGGUUCUGAGUCCCCACCCGGUGAUGCGGGUUCACUCGGUGAACGUAGUAGUGGGAAGCUCGCGGUGGCCGUGGCGGCAGUUGAUACGAAUCAUCGCGGUGGUGAUCGUGACAAACGUCAGGGCGACGAGCAGCAACGCGCGACGAGCAUCAACAAACGGGACGCGAACGCAAAACGGUCAUCGUUUGUUGCCCCGAAGAGGGAACCCGCGAAGAUCUACGCGGUUUCUUCAACCUCUCUACCGACGUCCUCGUCCUCCGCCGCCAUGAAGAGCGAGGAAAGAAAGAAGGGCGGCUUGGGCGGCUUUCUGCAGAGAUUCUCCAGAUUGAGGUUCAGCGGUCGAACAAAAGUACCACGUUCGGAGACGCAUAAAAAAGCUGUCGAAUCGACAACGAGAACGCAGGAGGAACAACAGCCGUCCAUUGCCAAGAAGAAGGAGCCGGACUAUAUUAUCAUACCGUUGCAUCCGCCUGAGGAGGAGAGAAGACGCCAGGAGGUCGUUACUCUCGAGGAGGCCGCCAGGAGGAACAAUGUGGACAUUCAGAGAAGUGCUUCUAGUGUCAGCAGCAACGGGAGGGUACCCCAGUCGCCCGUCGGCGCUACGCACAGGAGCCCCCGCGACGACGUCGCCUCCGCCGCAACGUCCGCCAUCCACCAGCGGCCCCACAAGUCCAUGGAGUUCCUCCUCGACAAGGAGAACCUGCAUUUCGUCAAGCCGCCGGAGAAUGAGCUGCAGAAAGUGGGCGAGCGCGUGCCGAGUGAGCACGAGCUUAGGGUGCAGCGAUCAUUGCAACGACUCAAUGUGCCCGACUGGUACAAGAAUUCACCCGCUGCCCGCGACGGCUUCCGGCUGAAGAGGCACUCCGAUGCGUCGCAGCAUGGAGGAUGGCGCGCCCUCGGCUCCAAGACUACCUCCCUGUCAUCCCUCUCGUCGUCUUCCAAUCGACAGCCGACCACAGGUGUCCUUCUGAGUCCCAGUCCUACACCCCCCGUAUUCUCGAGAUGGAGUACCAGCUUGCUGAACAGCGCCGGCAGUUCACCCGCGAGUUCGGCCAGGUCGUCCUUCAAUCACCGGCAGCCCUACUUGGGCUGGCGUUCUCAGGAGCGAUUGACCAACCCGCGGACGCCGGCGGAACGUCUUGCUCAGGGUAUUCUUCCCCAACUGCAAGCCGCAAACAAGCAACAGCAGCAGCAGCAGCAACAACAGACAACGAAUCAGCAGCUGGAAGUACGGAACUCGAUAAAGGAGGUGACCUCGGCCAUCGUGCACUACGUGCAGAGCGGCCAGGAGGUCGGCGGAGGCGGUGGCGGCCGGCUCUCGCCUCGACCUCGACCUGAAGAUUGGGAUGAUAGGGGCGGAGCGAGGUCUACCAGCCCCAGAGGGAGCGUGAGGCUGUGCUGGAUGGAGAGCUCGUUCGUCGGCACGCGGCCCGUGGACUCACCGGAGACGCCUAUGAGCCUGGCGACCGACCAGGAGGCCGGCGACUGCUGCAACGCGGCCGGCACCGAGUCCUGCAGCUGCCAGGACUCGGCCGCAUCCGGUCUCUACCUGGACCUGACACCCAGCCGAGAUGACGUGCGCCAUCAGCAUCUUCAGGCAUCCUCGGCCGGCCCGUCGCCCACGUCCUUCUCUAACUAUCAUCACCAUCAUCAGCGUCACCAGCAUCGCCAGCAGCAACAGCAACAUCAUCACCGCGGAUCGGGCCAGAGCGAUACGGACGAGGCGAUGGCGACGGCAGCUCUUCUGCGGAACAAACCGAGCCCGGGCUCCACGACCCUGGAGGACGUACUUGACUCCCUCCUGGGGCUGCCACCCGCGUCGCGUACCCCGAGUCCUGGCCCGGGGGGACCCGUCGUGACCGCCACGUCCGCCAUCCGCCAUCGCCAUACGAACGCCGCCGUCGGCCAGGCGAAUGCCGGGCAGAGCUGCAGCGACCUACGCCAAGACCUCCAAGGUAGGAGGACUAUCAGCCCGCCUCCCCCUCCGGGAGCUGCGGUUGUCGCCGCCGCAGCUGCGUCGUCCUCGUCGUUGAUGCCACGCGGUGGCGUCCAGCCGCGUCACCGUAGGGUGUCUUUCGACAAUGCCCAAGACUCCACUAACGGCAGCUCGGCUGCCAUGGACAAGGUAGUGCGGUGCCGUAACAACAAGUGCGGUAACUCGACCACCCUGGCAGAAGCGAGGAGGACCUAUAAGAGCUGCCACAAUUGCACCUGCCUAUACUGUUCGCGCGAAUGUCGAAGAGCUCACUGGCAACGUCAUCGCAGGACCUGCCUUCAUUCGCGAGCCGGCAGUCUCUGCCGCCAGGUACUGUCCUCGGCGAAAGAGGACCCGGCCACCCUGAAGCACAUCUCCGCCCUUGCCAGACGGGGCUACGCCGGUCACGGUCGCGGCGCGGUCAAGUGCUUCUUCUCGAGCCCCGAAGCGGCCGAGCGUUUCGUCGGCAACGGCUUCGCCGACCUUGGCGAGCCCACCUACGUGCGUUGGUCAGACUUACUCCCGGGCGAGAUGGGCGCCGAGCUCUACGCCGAACUGAUGCGCCUCUGUAAGACGUACAAUCCGGAAACGCGGCUAGUGCUCUACGUGGCGGUGUGCGUGGUCAGCGAAGUGCCGACUAGCGGCGCGGUCAGAUGGGAACGGCAAUUGGUAUCCAGGUGUGCGAAGAUCAGACUCGACGGGGCGGCUAAGCAGCAUGCUUCCUCCUCCUCGGCGUCUCCGCAGGCCAGGAGGAGACUCUCACAACAAGCACCUGCGUCUCCCUGUAACAUCACUAGAGAGAUGGACUCGCCUGAGACCCUAGUCUUGACAUCAUUACCCGGUAACAACGGUCAGAACACGCCACGAAAAGCGCGAGAGAUCAGCUUCACUAAUAUUCAACGGCAGCUCAGGCUCAGAGGAGUCUCCUUGAGGAGACACUUUCCCCAGGUAUACCGGAAACUUUGUUCUUACGUGGACGGCUCGGUGGACAAAUUCGCCCCGGUGACCAUCUAUCCCAGAGAUCAGGCGUCCGGUAAGAGCUUCAUGUGUAUCAUCAUGCUGGAUGCGGAGCCUGAACGUCUUCAACUAUUGCCCACGGAUUCGUCUAGGGUGAGAACAGUGGACAUCAGCGUGGAGCAAGAGUGAGAGCCAUGUUCGGGUAGAACGAGAUUCAAGAAUCGGGAUAGCUCAAGACACGUCGCUCAGGAUUUUCCUCAGGUUCACGGGGAGACGGUCAGAAACGUCUUCGUAGACGGAAUUCUUCAAGAUGAAAACUACUGACGUCGGCCAGUGGCAGAGCAAGAGCGAAGAUGACAUUUGAAGAAAUGAUCAGGAGUAUCACAGGAGAUCGCAAGGGAUUUGCUCAGAAUUUUCCUAAAGUUCUAGAGAAAAAGAUCGAAGAUGGCUACUGACGAAUGCCUUCAGAGAUUGAAGACGACUUCAUCAAUCAGUGGAGUAAACUUCGAUAAUGUAAAAGUUUAAAAGGUAUCCUAAUUUCAUCGGAUAUCUUUUGAAUGUUUAUAUUGUCUGUGUGAAAGAAUGUUUAGGUAGAAGAGUAUUUAGAUGAAAAUGCCGACGGAAGUCUAGAUGGAUCUAGAAAGCUCAACACAUUUGAGCUCACAGACUUGUAUGAUUUCACACGCAGGACACGCAUACAAAGACUUUUUCUAUCUUUCCUUCUAGAGAAAAAAGAAAUCGAACGCACGAAAAACGAUAAGUAUUACUUUGUUCAUACCCUCUUUUUCGAUACCCUAAGUAUCGCGAUCGUAUGAAGGCAAUUCUCCAUUAUUUCAGACAUCCAGAUUUAGUCGUUGCUGUAUGAGAGAUUUAUUAUAAUCGUUCGCCAGUAUAAGUCUUAUUGAAGAAUUAUUAACGAUCCUUUCAAUCCAAAAUAUAUGUGAUCGAUAACUUUUAAAGAAAAUAUUUGAAGAAAAUUAAAUAAAUAUUUUCACGCGUUUGUUAGUAUAUUACAACGAUUUGAUAAAUCAAGUAAAAUAGUCUAUACAUAGUCAUGUUUCUUUAGCGAUUCUUUUGAAGGGAUUGAAAGGAUCGUUACGUCAGUGACGAUUUCAAGAUUCUCGGCGGAUGGAACGGAAAGUAAGAUUUAGAGUACGUUGUUGUCUCUUCGUUCAACUUUGCAUCGUUUAAAUAUUUUAUCGUAUAUAUAUAUAUUAUAUGUAAAGAGGCGAGAAACAUUUUUUCUCAGCGGAUACAUUCACGAUCGAUCGCUACGGAAGUUUCGCUUAGAGUCCGACUUUACCAGAGACGGAAAUCAUACAAUAUCGAGCCUCGAAAGGGAAUAUAUAUUUCAAGAGUUAUAUUGUAUAUUUUAAUUUGUUCAUGCAAAUGUCAUUAUUAUAAUUAUGACCGCGGAAUGCCUGCCUUACUUACCGGCAUGUAAAUAUGAUUCCCGUCGUUAUUAAUCGGAUUAAUUUAAUAAUACGAACGUAAUCACGAGGUUCUUUUGAUCCACAUUCGCCCCCCCCCCCCUUCUUUAAACGCAAAAUAGAAAAAAAAAAGAUAAACCCGUCUCGGAGAUGCGGUAUCAAAGAUUUUGCCACAAGUAUCGUUCACGUUCAUGACAUCGUGCCAAAUGAGAAAAGCGUGAUAAAAGUCGCGAAAAGCAAACUUUCGGAACGCAGAACAUCGUCACUUUUUCGAUAUAAACUUCUAAUCUCGAGGGAACGCGCCACGCGUACAAUUUCGGUUAAAAACGGCGAAAAGUUUUCCCGCGGAUCAAUGAAUCGCCAAUUUUACUAGUAAACGUUUAAUAGUAAACGUAGCUAGGUCGAGUUGCAUCACAAGUUACGACGUUACGAAAGGCUGAUCUCUUUCCAGCGGAAAAAGAAGAAGGAUGAUCGAUAACGGUGCCAAUGAUAAGGAGAAACUUACAUCAUUACUUUGUAUAGCAAUGUAAAAACGUACCGAGAGAGAGAGAAGGGAAACUUGCAAUCCGAAAUUACGCGAGUGUCGCGGUGUCAUCGAGUGACGAUUAAUCAAGCAAUCGACGAUGCUUCGGUGAUUCAUAAUUUAAUAGAUAAUUAAUGGGGGGAGAGAAAUCGCUAACGAAGGAACGAAGGGCGGAAGCGCGAUUUCCUACGCUAGUAGGUAGAAGUCGAUACCCAUUUUUAUCGGUGACAAUGCAAUUUUUAUCGACGACGAAACACGAUAGAAAGUAAAUGGAACCAAAAGAGGAUGCAUCGCAGUGCCAAUAAUAAAAUGCCAUCGAUAUUUCUAUAAUCGACGAGGAAUAUUCUAUUCGCUGUCGAGGUAUUAAAAGACGACAACUUAUAUGUUCUGCAUACACCGAUCAUGAUGAUCCUUACGAUUAUUGAUUUCGAUUAACCGGAUUCUUUUGUAUGCAUAGCGAGAGCAUCGAGUUAUUAUACAACGUUUAAUCGUUAACAUCUGUUACAUUAUCAAGCUUGCGACCAAUGUUGAUCCCUCAUUUUACGUUUGUAUAUAGCGCUAUUAAAGGGAUAUAUACAUAUAGGAAAGAUAAAUUAGGGGUAAGAGAGCGACUUCGCUAGCGAGAGAGGAGAUUAAAGAAAUCGAUCAAAAUUCGAAAGUAGGCGGCUUACCGAAGAUCAGUCCGUUACAUCCUCGAUAUAGUUCCUUUUCCUAUCUCUAUUACGCGACCGAUUAUUGCGACUUCAUUAUACAGGCUGUAUAAUAAAGCGUAUUGAUUUCGACGCUUUGCGAUACAUCUUGAAUAAAUAUAUUUAUAUAUCCAUUCCGCUCUAGAAAUAUAUAAGGAUCAGUGAGGAUACAUCGGUUGGAAAAAAAAUACUCAAUUUCGUUAUUACUAAAGAUACAGCGUGUUCGUGAGAGAUUUUGUAUUAGACAAAAUUGUUUUUAUCUAUAAAGAAAAGUUUCUGUAUUAGAAAGUUUAUUGGAAAACAAACGAUUAAGAUUUUAUAUUAUUUACACUUUUUACACUGAUUUCGAAGAAAAAUCAAGAAUGUUUAAUUGUCGAAUGCUUAAUUAGUUAUCAUAAAUUCAUCAAAUAUUUUAGUCUCACCGGAAAUGUCUGUUGUAGAAAUUAAAUAAUUACUUAGCAAUGAUAAGUAGAAACUCUACGGACGUUCUGUAUCUUUUCGACCGAUUUGCGAGAAAGCUGUUGCUCGACGUUGACUAUAACUAAUCAAGACGAGAGAGCUAAUCCGUAAAAGAAAGAAAGAAAAAAAAAAAUUAAACAAUCCAAUUGAUCAAACGAGCAAUCAGCCCACGCAUAGUCACUCUAAAGUCUAAAGAUAUCGUUUCAGCGUCUAUUUAUCGGUGCUACCAGAAUGUGCUAUCAUUGUUUUCGCAUCUGUGUAUGUCUCGAUUUUUCAAAUAAAAUGUUAAUUUUAUUACAUAAGCCCACGGUGUGAAUGCCCUAACCAAAACAAUUUGAAACAUGAUCGAAACUGAAUAAAAUAUAAUAGAAGGUA